CUAACCAAAAAAAUGGACGUGCCUUGUGGUGGUGGGUGACGACUAGAGAUAGGCUUCCCAAAGAAAAUUUGUUGCUUUGGGUUGCAAUGUUCUAGUCAUCUACUUUCGCAAGACAACAAAAUACCCAAGGAAGUAUUGGCCGCCAACGCUUGCCAUGGGCGACUGGUGGGAAACAAACCGCAUUUCCCACGCAGUGUAUAACGUUCAGUCUAGGACAUUAGAAGGUGGUGGCAGGACAAAAGAAAAAGCCUACAGACUGCACAGUUUUAGACCGAUCAACACAAAUCGUAGACGGUCCAUGUUGACGGAGCUUCCAAGACAGAAGUCACGGUCACCGAGACCUUCAACUCCUAGAACGUCGAGACAACAGUCUUCUUUGCAGAAGCAGUUACCCAAGCUCCUGGUCAAACAAGGUCAAAGUAGCUCUGUUGUGACGGGACACGCGGAUUGGCAUGCCGGUCUUUAUCGUAGAGGUAACAACAAUGCGAAUAGGACAACAAAGCUGGAUAACAAACGCAAGGUGAAUGCGAUGUUUCAAGAAAAGACCUUCAAUGUAUCUACUCCUAAGACAAAGUUGCCAAAUUUGUCGGCGAAUGAAGGUAGCAAGUCUACAUUGCGAGAACUACCGAUAAAAGCUUAUUGCGCACAGAUCGUGAACAGUUCCUUUCCUAGCAUUAAGCCAAAGCCACAGAUGCGCCUUAUGGCUGAAAGUAUAAAAGAGGAUUUUAAGGAAACACAGGGGAUUCAUGAACAGACGUUCUCAGAGAAAAGACGACGAAGUCAAAAGAAAAUAGAGUUGAUGAGAUACAUGUACUACAAGUCUGAGAUCAACCGUGCUAUUUAUUUGAGGUGUUGCAUGUCUAUACCAAAUAACAGAUUCAUCGAUGAACCUGUUUUUAUGAACGAGACAAACAACUAUGACAGAAUCAUGAACGACCCAUAUUACGCGUCUUCCUUAAUAGGAGGGCAUAUUCCCAAGCCAGAGGCCACUCCCGCUUUUAAUUCCUGUCGCCAGCCUCACAACCCUUUGGUGAGUCGUGACGUGUGCAAAAAGCCCAGCCCAGAGACCCAACCCUCUAAGCCGAAAAGACGCCGAAGCAAAGGACUUCAACCUCAACCUGCGCAAGACACAGUUCACCUCGGAGCUACUGCCAAGCAGCCUCUCCCACCAUUAGUGGGUCCUACAAGAACUAAUCCGAACUAUUGGUCAUGUAAACCACAAUACUAAUGUAAUAUCUGUGAUGUGAUUUUAGAACAUUAAUGCGGAGUUGUGCCAACGAGGGCUAAUCAUUUACUACCUAAUUACCAUCAUCCAACAGACAUUUCUGGAAUGUGUGUGGCUGCAUGGAGGAUGCAUACGACAUGUUGCGGUAGAAUAGUAUAGAUAAUGAUUUUCUGCAAGAAAACAGAAAAGUCUAGCGACCAUGUUUGCACAUGCACAGCGUGGAUGCGAAGAAAUGUGUACUUCUUAGUCUAAGUUGUCAGAGGAAGGGGUGAUCUAGCGUUACCUCACCCGCCACCAUAGCACGUUAGAGUUUACAGUUCAUGACUUGAACUCAUGAUAAAUGUGUGAAGAUCAUUGUACUGAAUUAAUGUAUAUUUACAAAUAAACAACUGAAUUUUUU